CCCCCCCCCCCCCCCCCCCCUCCUCUUACCCUCGCUGAAAGGAGAACAAACAAUCAUCCCUGUGGACCCUUACUGCGCUCUUCUUGUCUUCAGGUGGGAUCGGAUCCCCUGUGAUAAUCUCGCCUCUUUGUCACUUUUAUUGGUCCUUGCCAGCCCCGGAUCCCUGAUCCUUCUCGUUUCUUUGACGUAUCUUGCAUCUAUACUGGACGCUUCCGCUCCCUCUCCAACAUGCCCACCCUUGAGACCCCCACACAGAGUGAAGCCAGGCUUCUUCUUGUUUCAAACCGGCUACCAAUUACCAUCAAACGCUCCGAAGAUGGCCGGUAUGACUUUUCCAUGUCCUCCGGCGGCUUGGUGAGCGGUCUGAGCGGUCUCACGAAAUCCACUACCUUCCAAUGGUACGGCUGGCCCGGUUUGGAGGUUCCAGAGGAAGAAAUCCCCGUGGUCAAACAGCGCUUGAAGGACGAAUAUGGUGCCAUUCCGGUUUUCAUUGAUAAUGAUCUUGCAGACCGCCACUAUAAUGGAUUUUCCAAUUCUAUCCUUUGGCCACUCUUUCACUACCAUCCUGGGGAAAUCACUUUCGAUGAAUCCGCCUGGGAGGCUUACAAGGAAGCGAACCGUCUGUUCGCCAAGGCCGUUGCGAAGGAGGUCCAAGAUGGAGACUUAAUCUGGGUCCAUGAUUACCAUUUGAUGCUUCUUCCGGAGAUGCUUCGAGAAGAAAUUGGGGAUACCAAGCAAAACGUCAAGAUCGGAUUCUUCCUCCACACCCCGUUCCCUAGCAGUGAGAUCUACCGCAUUCUUCCCGUAAGAAAUGAGCUCUUGCUAGGUGUUCUCCAUUGCGAUCUCAUUGGUUUCCAUACCUACGACUACACAAGACACUUCUUGAGCGCUUGCUCACGGUUACUCGGGCUCCCAACAACUCCCAACGGGAUAGAGUUUCAAGGCAAGAUAAUUGCCUGUGGCGCAUUCCCCAUCGGUAUCGAUCCGGAGAAGUUUCAAGAAGGACUGAAGAAGGAAAAGGUCCAAAAACGAAUUGCAAUGCUCGAACAAAAAUUCCAAGGCGUGAAGCUCAUGGUGGGUGUUGAUCGAUUGGAUUAUAUCAAGGGUGUGCCCCAGAAAUUGCACGCCCUCGAGGUAUUCCUCAGUGACCAUCCAGAAUGGGUAGGAAAAGUGGUUCUCGUUCAGGUUGCUGUUCCCAGUCGACAAGAUGUAGAGGAGUACCAAAACUUGAGGGCUGUUGUAAACGAACUUGUAGGCAGGAUCAAUGGUAAAUUCGGCACUGUCGAGUUCAUGCCUAUCCAUUUCCUCCACAAGUCGGUCAACUUCGACGAGUUGAUUGCUUUGUAUGCCGUAUCAGACGCCUGUAUUGUAUCCUCAACUCGAGAUGGCAUGAACCUCGUUGCGUACGAAUACAUAGCCACCCAACAGAAAAGACAUGGAGUACUGGUUCUAUCCGAAUUUGCCGGCGCAGCUCAGAGUCUUAAUGGAAGUAUAAUUAUUAACCCGUGGAAUACCGAGGAACUUGCCGGUGCCUAUCAGGAAGCUGUUACUAUGAGUGACGAGCAAAGGGCGCUGAACUUCUCCAAGCUCGACAAAUAUAUCAACAAGUACACAAGUGCUUUCUGGGGUCAGUCUUUUGUGUCUGAAUUGACGAGGAUUUCAGCCCAGUCAGCAGAGAAAUUCCAAGCCAAAAAGGCUCUCACCAAUAACUCUUUGCCAGAUGGCGUAGGCAAGGAGAAAGGGGAACGAUAACACCUGGUGGCCCCUGGUCAUAAAAUUUUUCUUCUUCUUAUUUUUCUUUUCUUUUUCCUUUUCAGUCCUGAUUGAGACUGUAAAUGAAAAAAUAAAAGCAAAACAUGGCAACAUGUGAACACUCUGGUUCAAAAGAUUAGUAUUAGCACAGGACACGGCGAAAGUGGAUUUGAUCUGUUAUACCUGCAUUGCAUUCUUUUACCCUAUUUAUACAUACUUUACGUCGCGCUCAGUCUCUCGAUGUGGGUGGAAGGGGUUAGAGUCUUGUACAUGGAGGAGAGACUAUAUAUGCCGGUCCCUCUGAGGGUUAAACACGUUUUAUGUACUUAAUGAACAACAACGAG